CAUGCGCAGAGUCCCGCUCUACACACACGUCCUUCAGGCUGCAGACUGACCUCAGAGCAGUGAACGAUGGCGGUUCAGGUGACGGAGUCUGAUCAGAUCAAACAGUUUAAGGAGUUUUUGGGAACGUACAACAAGGUGACGGAGAACUGCUUCAUGGACUGCGUCAAAGAUUUCACCAACAGGGAGGUGAAGCCUGAGGAGUCCAGCUGUUCUGAGUCCUGCCUGCAGAAAUAUCUGAAGAUGACUCAGCGGAUCUCGAUGCGGUUCCAGGAAUAUCACAUCCAGCAGAACGAAGCUCUGGCUGCUAAAGCCGGUCUGCUGCAGCCGCGCUGAUCUGGGUCAGACCGGACUGGACUGGACUGGACCGGAUCAGACCGAACCGGGUCGGACUGGACCAGGACCCGGCAGGCUGAGAGGAUCCAGACUGAUCCGGUCUCACUGUGACGGAUCAAUAAAGACUCUGUAACUGUUGUUACACCUGGGAGGAGCUGACCCCGCCCUGUCAGCUGUUCUGUGUCAGAGAGCAUCAUGGGAAAUGUAGUCAGCCUGGUUGUACAGAAAGGUGGAAUCGUCCUUUAAUUUGUUUCAGAUUGUUUUUUAUUAUUUAACUUAAAUCAUGAAUUUCUGUCAACGUUCUGAAUGUGAAAAUAAACUAAUAUAAAAGAA